AUGAGAGGUCUCUUUAACCUCCCAUCCAUACUACAUAAAUUCAAACUCUUCCCAAAAAUGGAAUCAUUGAAAAGAGCGGCUGGAGCUACUCCACCUGCUGAGAAAAAACCAAACGUCUCUAAGCCCGGAAAGGUGGUUCUGGAACAAGACGUCGGUGUCACACAAUACGUAAACGCAUUGGAAGCAGGAAAGGGCUUUUUCGGUACAGUGAAGCAGAGAUAUGCUGAUUUCCAGGUCUUCGAGGUUGCUCUUGACGGUUCUGUGGCCCAUUUGACUGAUAAGGGUGUGGAUACUGGAGCCAAUAAGCGGGAUAGAAGAGCCGAAAGAAGACAGAAUCAGAAAGAAGGAGACGUUGAAGGCAACCAAUUGCAAAAGGAAGAGACACUGGAAAAGACUGAGGCCGCUGAAGGAUCUGCGCAAGAAAAAACCGAGGAAUCUGAGACUGCUCAGGCUGAAGGUCCAUCUACAACUCCUAAAUAUGAACUCUCAGAAGCACAUCGCGAGCGUCUUCUACAAUAUGUUACUGAGGAGGAGCUCAAAACCAUUGAGGAGCUUUUUUCCAACGGCGGAAACAUGGAGACGACAUCUAAGUUCGGCGAGAAGACCAGUCGUACACAAUUGCAUCAAUUGCUCCGUCAAGCAUUCCAGGGAAAGCUUGAAACGCACACGUCGCCUGAAAACACCUUCAAGAUUGCACUUGCUAAGGCUGACUCGACCACCCGCCGAAACAACCACGUCAACCAUGUGGAUGACUCGGGUGUCAUCAACUAUGGCCUUGGUCCCUUCAAAAACUACUUGCAUUUCACCGUGUACAAGGAGAACCGUGAGACCAUGGAAAUUGCCUCCACUAUCACCAAGUUCUUGCGUGUGCCAAACAAGGCUGUUAAGUACGCCGGCACAAAGGACCGUCGUGGUGUCACUUGUCAACGUUUCAGUAUUCACAAGGGUAAGGUGGCACGUGUCACGACGCUUACCAAAGGAUUGAACGGUGCUAUUCUUGGAGCAUUUUCCUACGAAGACAGAGCACUCGAUUUGGGCGACUUGCAGGGAAACGAGUUCCAGAUCGUGAUUCGUGACGCUAGAGUUCCUGAGGGAGAACCAGCAGAGAACUUGGAGCAGAUUGUUCUGCAAUCCUACAAGAGUCUCUCCGAGAAUGGUUUCAUUAACUAUUUCGGUCUUCAACGGUUCGGUACCUUUUCCAUCUCCACCCAUGUGUUGGGAAUCCAUCUUUUGAAAGACGACUGGGCCAGCGCUGCCGAAUUGAUUCUUGCCGAGCAAGACCGUGUUCUCCCUGACUCGCUAGAGGCGCGUCGUGUGUGGGCCACGCUGAAGGAUGCUGCCGCUGCUGCCAAAUUGAUGCCUCGUAGAUGUCUGGCUGAGCACAACGUUUUGACACAGCUCGCCAAAGAGAAGAAGAACGAAGAUGGCAAUUACAACGCCAACUCGUAUUUCAAAGCCAUCAUGCAGAUCCCCCGUAACCUCCGUCUCAUCUACGUGCAUGCCUACCAAUCGUACAUUUGGAACCUCGUCGUUUCGCGCAGAUUUGAAUUGUUCGGCUUGGAAGUGCAAGUUGGAGACCUCAUCAUGGUGGAGGAAAAGUCAUCCGAGAGCAAGAUCGUCACUGAGAUUGUUGAUGGAGAGGAGUUUGCAGAGGACGUUGCUGGUACCACUACUGACAAGGUACGUGCUUUGACCGAAGAAGACGUCGCGCUGGGCAAAUACACCAUCUUCGAUAUUGUUCUUCCAACCCCUGGCUACGAUAUCACAUACCCAAGCAAUCCAAAACUCAUGGAGGUUUACGAGACAGUCAUGGCGCGCGAUGGCCUUGAUCCCCACAAGAUGGCCCGUCGUAUCAAGGAGUUUUCUCUCUCUGGCCUGUACCGUUUGAUCAUGAUGAAGCCUACUGAUCUCAGCUACCAAAUUGUGAAGUAUAAUGAUGCUGUUGCGCCAAUUCUCCGCACCGACUUGGAGAUCUUGGACCACAAGUUGGAGACCGGCGAGGAGUUGGAGCGUGUGGUUGUGAACGAAGACGCCGCUGCCGAGAGAACCGCCGUCAUUUUGAAAAUGCGUUUGGGCGUCAGCUGCUAUGCCACCAUGGCCUUGAGAGAGUUUAUGAGGGCAGAUACCAGUCGGUUCAGUGCCAAUUUCGACGUGAAAGCACAAUAG